AUGUCCCUUCUUCCAGCUGACCAAAAUCUUCCACUAGACUCCGAGCCUGCAGCACACCGUGUCCCUGAUCCUCCUGGUGCUCUGUCUACCAGUAGUGCUCGUCGUACUGCUGCAUUGCGGGAACUUGCUAAGCGCGCACGAGUUGAUGAGAGUAACAAUCAUGCUGUCGGACGUCGCAAAUGUGCUCGGAAUUCUGAGCCAUCCACCUCCAACGUUAACAAAAACAAUAACACAGACAACGAUUUUGAGAUGGAUGACAAUCUGUCAUAUUACAGUACUAUGAUGAUCAAAACCACCCUCCGGAGCCAGAUGCACCUGAGCAUAGACCUCCCCCAGUGCCGGAUGAACUGA